AUGUCUUAAAUUGACCCUGCAUAUUUUGAAAAGCUAAAAGACUAGCUUAACAACCUAAACAACAAUAAUGAGAGCUUUACCGAGAAAAAUAUCCUAGAUAUUAGAGAACGUAUAGGUCGUAUUUCAGAAGAGGUACAUCAAGAAAGAAAUAGAGACACAAAUCAUGUAUUAAUUCAUAAAAAUGUUUAUAGUAAGUCCUUUAGAGUAAUUAGAAAAUUUUCGUUGAGAAUUGUUUAAGCUUUAUUGUAUAUGUAUUACAACAUGUUGAACCUUAAACAUCUCGCAAUACGAAAUUUUCUAUAAGAGCUGCCAUAUUAGAAUUAUUACAGAAGAAAAUUCUUUUAUAACACAUGACAUUUCAAGUUGUUGAGUAGAUGACAGUUGUGUUGGAAAAAGAUAAUGAAAAUAAUGCAGCUAUAGUCAUACGCAUCAUUAAUGAUCUAUUAAAGUCAAACCAAUAAUAAUCUCAUCAAUACUAAAGAUCGAAUACUUUAUUUUCAGAUUAAUUGUUAUUGAGACUGUAUUCCUUCUUUGAACAACGUAUUGAAUUCUUGGUUAAAUUUAAUAAUGAACUCAAAAGAUCCCAAUAUAAAAAACUUUUGGGAGAUAAUUAAAGUAAUCCUUUCUAAGACCAAAAUUAUGUGUUGUAAUCAGAUCUUGAGGAUAGAAGAGAGAAAGAUAUUAGACUAAAUAUUCAUAGCUUAUCAUUUGUUACUAAUAUACCAACAUUUUUUAUUUAUACAAUUUUUGUUCUGGAUUCUAUUGUGAAAGAUGAGGUAAUCAUUUAAUUAUUUAUAUAGACUAAAACCUAAAUGAGAGAAAUCUUAAAGAGAGCUUUAAAGACUAUGAAUUAAGUGAUCAAUGAAACUAAUUUCCAAGAUUUAUUAUAAAAAGUUCCAAGAAAUAUAGUUUAAGAACUUUUUAAUGCCUAUUCUAAAUUUUUAUAAUUACUUGCUCUUACAAUAAAAAGAGAUGAAAAUUCUAUGCAACCCUAAUCUAGAAUAAUUAAAGAUAUAUCUGAUACUAUUAAAUUAGAUUCAGUUGUUGCUACUAUUAUUAAAACACUUAAACAUUGUCCAGUUGAUUUAAUGCAUCUAAGAAUUGAUAUUAGCAAUCGUCUUAAAUAAUCUCUUGUUUAAAAAAGAGAUCCAAUCUAAUAAAAUGAUAUAUAAGAGAAAAUAAAUGAAAUUAAUGCAAAUGUUGCUGAAUUAAUUGAUGAAGAAACAAUUGUAGGAAAGAAUCUUAAAAUACCUCCACAUUAAAAGACUAACAUCUAUUAAAAUUGGUUGGAUAUUGUUAAACAUAUAGUUUCAAGUUAUCUUCCAAAGAAUGAUUAAUAAACAUAAUCACCUAAUAAUUUAGAGAGAAUGUAAACAGAAUUUAUAAAUAAUCAAUCAUAUAUGGAAAAGAUUUUCAAUACCAUAUUUAAAGUAUUAUUUGAUUCUUCUUUGUAAUUAUCAAUUCAUGAAAAAGCAUUAGAUUUAAUGAAAGUAUUUUUAGAAUUAUUCUCAAAACAAAAUACUUAUUUCAUAGAUAAGAAUUUGUUAUAAUAUUAUAUCGAUCAACCUUAACAAUAAUAAUAGUAAAAUGAUUCAAUGUUUAAGGAAGUUACAACUCAUAGCCCAAAAUAUAAAUUGUUAGAUAGAUUAUUUUAGAUGAUUGGAAUGAAAUUAGCAUAAAUUAGAAAAUAAAUCUAACAGAUCAAAGAAAUGUUAAAUAGAACUUAAAAAUGGGGUAAUAUCAAAAAAACAACACCAUAAACAAAUGUAUCAUCUAUGCCUUGUAAUAAUGAAGCUUUAAAUGAAAGAUACAUAACUUAAUUAGAAUAAUAUAUAAAAGAGAAUGAGAUUGACAUUGAUUAGAAUCUUAUCACUUAAUAAGAUUAAGCUGCAACUUAAGUUUAUACUUAUGAUGAUGAGGAAGAAUAUUAAGUAAAUUCUAUAAGUAUUAAUUCAUACAGUUAAUUUGUUGAAUUUGCAAAAGAAGUUAAAUCAAAAAUAUUUGAUUAAUUAAAUGAAAUAUUAUAAAAAUUGCUCCACUUUGUAACUACAACUAAUAAAGAAAUAGUAAUGAAAUAUAAAAAUAGGCCAAAUUGUUAAAUUUCAUAAAGAUUAGCACCUUUAGUUUAAGCAUCAAAUGAUGGUAAACCAUAUUUAAGUAAUUUGUAAUGUCAUUAUAUGUCUAAGAUUAUGAAAAAUGGAUUAAUGAUAUUUGAUGAAUUACAUGAUCAUCAAAGAAAUCAUUUUGAGAUUUUGGAUUAUAAAAAGAAAACAAUACCUUUCUUUAUGCAAUUUUUCAUUUAAUUUUAAGACCCAAUAAAUUUUAAAAAUAUUUUUGAACCUAAUUCUAAAUUAUUGUUAAAGAUUUCUGUAAAUUUAAUUAAGACUUGUCCAGAGACUCAUUGUCUACCAUUAUUAUUAUAAGAUCAUUUAUAAAUAUUAAAUCAUCCAGAAAAUUAAGCAUAAGCAAAAUAAUCAGUAAAAUAUUAUAUCGAAUUCCUAUUAAAUUUAUAUUUGAGAGAAUUGUAAAGUACACCAGAAUUACCAUCUAAAUUUGGUUAUUGUAGAGGUGGUUAACUUAUAUAAAUAAACAAUCAAAAGACUUAAAGUGUUUAAUAAAAAGAUUAAGAUGAAUAUAUUUCAUUAAUUUAGAAAUUAUUAAGAAUUCCUAUAAGAUUAUUUCCUAGAGUGAAAUGCUAAUAAAAUGAAGAACCAAUAGUUAAACCAUUAGUGAAAUAGUUGAUUUUAUUUUUUGUAAAGAAAUCUCAUGAAACAUAUUACCCAAUUGAUUUUUUAGGAUUGUUAUUAUCUCUUGUAAAAAGAAUUUAAAAUAAUGAUUAAGGUGAAGGAUUAUCUAAAUAUUUUUAAUAAUUAUGUGAUAAAUAUGAUAGAAAUGAUAGAUAAUAGAUUCUUUAAAGAUAAUAAUAUGAGAUGUAUCAUAAAUUAAAUUUAAGUGGAGUGAAUAUUGUAUUAAAUAUGUUUGAAUUAUUUUAAACAGGAAUAGUAGAGAUAUAAGAUAUAGUGGCAGAAGUAAUAGCUAACUUCCCUUUGUAAAAACCAAUUCAAAUAAAUUUAGCAAAAUAAUACCCAGUUUUUGCUUAAUGUUUAUUUAGAGCAUUACAUAAUAUUUCCACUAUAGAGAAUUAGGUAAUUUAAAAAACAUUGAUGUUAUUGGAGAAUAUCGUAACAAAUUUAAGUAUGGAAGAGAUGCGAGAAUUUUUUGGAGAUCUUCUUUAACCAUUUAUAGAAAAAUUACUUACAUUCCCAUCUGAAUAUAAAAUGGCAGACAUCUAUUCAAAACAAGCUAACUUAUUUUUAGAUCCUUCAUUCAAAUCUUUGAAGAUAUUAUCAAAAUUAGGAGCAUUAGUUAGAAAAUCAGAAUGGCCAAUAGAAGUAAAAAGGAAUCAUACAGACAAUCCUUUCAUAAAGAAUCAAUAUUUAGAAGUAUAAAUAGAGGGAUUGCAAUCAAAUUUAAAGAUUAAUCUUUCAGAAACAGUGAGAUGUGCAGUUGAAAUUCUUUAGAAUGUAUUAGAAUAAUAAUUAGCUACAUAUUUAUUUAAAUAAUCAUCCAUAUAGCAUAGUUAUUCUAUAGUGAAAAUGGUGCUUUUAGGUUAUUAUAAGAUGCCAAUAUAAUUUGAUCAUGAUUUAUAUAAUUAUUAAAUACCAGAAGGAAUGGCAUUAUAUAUGAAAUUACAAUCUCGUUAAUGUGAAGAAGAUUUAUUAAUAAACAAAGAUGAAGAAUUAAUAGCAGCAGUAACAAAAGUGUUUAUUGGUUUAAGUAAUUUUCAUAAUAUAAUUUAAACAAUUACAACAGCUACAUUUCAUAAAAUUAAAGAAGAUGUAGAAAAUGUAGUAACAACUUUAUCUGAAAUGUUUUUUAUUUAAUUAGCAGAUGAUCAUUGUGAAUAAAUUUAACAACUUAAAUAAACUAAACCAGAUUUAAAUUCACUUUUUGCUAUGACAGAAGAUAUUGUUUCAAAAUAUUUAAGAGAAAAACCUUAAGUUAUAAAAUGGAUCUCUCAUCUUUUUAAAGGUCUUAAUAAGAGAUAUAUGCUUACUGCUGAAGAGAAUAUGAAUUUUAAAGAUUUCUAUAUUUAAUAACAUGAAUUUAUUUGGAAUAAAUUACUUAUGGGAAAUUGUCUCAAUAAAUAUAAGAAAAUACUUUCUACACAUCUUAAAAAUAAUAAUGAAAACAUGAUAUGGGCUUAUAAUGUCUAUUAUACGGUUGUUGUUCGUUUAUUUGAAGAAUUUGUAUAUGAAAAAUUCGGGAAAUAAACAUAAUUGUAAAAAGAAGAUGAUCGUCGUCGAAAAAUAUAAAUUGUUUAAUGUAAUUAUAUUAAAUAAUUAUUAGCUUAUGGAGGUACUAUGAUUCCAUCUGAAGGAUUGAAUUGCAGAUCUAUUUCUAUUGAAUUAUUGACUGAAAUUUAGAAUCUUCGUCCAAAAUUUGAGGAUUAUUAUACAUCUAAUUAAAUUGUUGGCUUACCAUAUAUACCUGAUUAAAGAAUCGUAGAAUGCUCAUUUAUUUUACUUAGAUAAUUAUCAGAAACUAUUAGAGUUGUAUCUCAAUAAUUAACUAAGAAUUUAUUAUUUUAAACUCUCAAUUAAUUGAUCGAGAAUCUUAAUUUUGAUCAUUCAAAAUAUCCUCAUUAACAUUAAAGUACUCUGAUUUUAAAAAAUAAAUUAAGAGAGUUUGUCAAAGUCGUAACUCAAAACUGUUUUACAUUUAAAAAAUCAUUGUUGUAGAUUUGUACUGAAUUAUUUGAUCAUAUAAUCAGCAAUUUCUAUUAGGGUAAUGCUGGUCCAUUAUUUUAUAUGAAUCUUGGUGAAGGAAUGAAUUAAAUGUUUGAAGAACAAAUUAAACCCAUUCCCUUAGAUGAUAUUGCAGGAUCAAAUUUAUAAUAAUUAUAUUGGGUUAAUAUUGAUUAUUCUGAUAUCCCUAAUUCUCCAUAUACUUAAAAUACAGUCUUACGAGAAUUAGUUUUAAUCAUCAAGUAAUUAUGUGAAGAAUAAAAAAUGUCAGACAUUACUGCUUAAAGGUAUGCUAAUGGUUUUAGAAUAUUAACAUACUUGUUAUCAAAAUAAGGUAAGUCUAAAACCUUUUAAUAUUAUUUAUUUAAGAUUGUUCAAAUUGAAAAUGAACCUUCCUUAAUACCUAGCAUUGAUGAAUUUGUAUAAUUAUCAUUUAAAAUCAUCUAAUAAAAUGAAGAAACUUAUUAUAAACAAUCUAAAUUGAUUCUAACUAAUGAUGAAUAAUAAUUAUAGAAUGCUCAUAUCAAUGUAUCACAUGGAUUAGAUGAUUUAGAAUUCAAAAUUAAUAUUGAAGAUAUCGAUUUUGAAAUCAAAUGGUAAAGUUAUAUGGUUGUUGCUGUUUAUGGUUUCUUAAAAUCAAUGGCUACUGUUAAUUACAUAUACCUCAUUCAAAAACAUCUAUAAAAAAAUAUUGAUAAAAAUCAAUCAAUUAAACCUCCAAUUUUAGCAAUGAAAUUCAAAACUGUUGAAAUUCUGUAUGAAGGACUUCUCAGAGUUGAAUCUAGUAUUAGAUAAGCAGGAUAUCGUUAUCUUUAAGAUUUAUUAUAAUAGGAAGGUAUACCUAAUGAUAAAACCUUAUUUGAAAAUGAUGAUCGAUUAAAAAAAGUUAUGAAACCAUUGCUUACUUGUGUUUAGUCUGACAUCUUUCAUUAUGUUCCUUCAUUUUUAAAGUCUUUGAAACUAAUCUUGAAAAUAUUCAGUAAGGUAUUUCAUAGAGCAUUAUCUGAUAAAUUAUAAGGCCAUUUAACAAGGAUUGUUUAAGAAAAUAUUCAAUAACCUUUAGCUCCAAAUGGUUAAUUUUGUACAUAGAUGGAAUGGUUCUAUUAAUAGCAUUAAUCAUAAGAAUCCUUAAACUUCUAGAUGGGCAUUGUAUCUGGGUUAUUAAAAUUAUUUUAACAUCUAACAUCAUAACUCACAAAUCCAUCAACUGGAUCAUCAACUAUUAAUAUUGUCUAGAAAAUUAUUACAGAUACUAACAAUCUAAGACGAAAUUAUGUUUUUAAAGUAUCAUAAAUGUAAUUAAAUUAAUGUAUCGAUAAACCAUUAGUUAAAUUUUUAAACACUUUAGCUGCUAAUUAUUUUGAUGUCUUUUAAUCCUCUUAUAAUAUUGCAUAGAUCUAAUAAUUUUAAAGAUAAUUAGAAGGAGUCAGCCAACUAUUAUCUAAUCAAACUCCAAUCAAAGGACUUUGGGAAUAAUUAAGAGAACGUCUUCAAUAUAUUAAAACAGUUAGACAAGUUAUUUCAGAACCAACAGCAUUUCCAUUAAGAGAGAAAUUAUGUAGAGAAAAAAGUUAAUUAGCAUAAAAAAUGGAAAGAUUUAAUAAAUUUAUUGAUGAUCUUAGUUCUGCUUUAGAAAAAGGAUUAUUAAAUGUUUAAACUCCAUUAAAUCCAGAAUAAUAAUAAUCAUUUCAUUAAUCUUAUCUUUAAAAAUUAAUUAAUGUUAUAAGUGAAAUAAAGAUAGAAAUUGUUUAAUUCGGAUUUUAAUUAUGUAAAAGAAAUCCAUCAUGUUUAAAAAAGAAUAACCAUUUCUUAGAGAAUUGUAUCUUAAAUAAUAUAAAAGAUCUCUUAGAUAAAUAAAAAUUAAAUAAUUAAAACAGAAGAUUUCAAUAGAGUCAUUUACAAUAAGCUUAUAAUCAAUUAAUACUAUCAAAUUAAUAAAUAAAUAGUUUACUAAAUAGACAUUGCAGUAUGUUAAAAUAAUUCAUUUCCUAAAAUGAAGAUAGUAGAACAGCUAUUUAAGGAAUGUUAAGAUUAAUACUUUAUUCUACAUAAGAUAAAGUAAGAAAAUGGGUUUUGAAUGUAGCAAUGAAUAAAUCAAUAUCAUUAAGAAAAAGAAUUAUUGAAAUUUGGAUGGAUAAUUUCAAAUUUUCUGAUGAUGAUUAAAUCAAUCAAGUUUAAAUGAUUACUGGAUAUCAUGUAAUCUAUCCUAUUUUAUUCCAUUCUAAUUAAAGAAAUGAUUUGAAUUAAAUAAGCUAAUUGUCUCUAUUUUAAAGAAUGAAAGAGAUUAAUGAUGACUUUUUUAAAUAUUAUGGUAAAAUUUUAAGUGAUAUUGAACAUCAUUGUCCAAUGAAUUUUACUUAUAAAUUACCUAAUAAUUUAACAGCAAAACUUUCUGAUGUAAAUCAUUAUUAUAAAUCAUCAGUGAUAGAUAUGCUUUAAAUUAGUUCUUAUUUAUUAUGCUUUUAAGAACAAUAAUUACCUUCAGAUUUAAAGAUGUCUUUCUUAUAAUUUGGAUAUGAUAUGAUUAACAAAUCAGAUAAAUUGGUAGCAUUUCACGCUAAUUUCUAUUUUAGUAAAUUUUUAAAAAAAAUUGGAUUAAUUUAAAAUGAUCCUAUAUCUGUAAAUAAGAGAUAUUUGAAAAUAUAUAAUAAAGCCUUAAAAUAAUUAGAUGAGAGUGGAUAAUCUGAAUAAGAAUUAUAUAGUUUAUGUAAGAAGAUAUUAAGUGUUGUCUUACCAUGGUUGGAUUAAGUAGAAGUACAAGAUCAAAAAGAUUGGAUUUAAGCAACAUAAUAAUUACUCAAAUAAGAAUAAUAAAAUUUGGAUCAUGAAUAGGCUUAAAAAGUUAGUAGAUUCUGGUCAAUGUUUAUUAAGAAUCAUAAGAUUUUUCACAAACAUCAUGAAUCAUUUACCAUACAUAUAAUCAAUUCUAUGUAAUAAAUUGGAUUUUUCAAUUAGAACUAAUAACCUCAAGCAUAAAUUAUAAUUAAUAGUUAUCAAAAUUAUAGAAGAAUUGCUUUGGAUAUGGCAUUUCUAUAAGUAGAAUGGAAGACAAAAUUAAUUAAGAAUGAUUUGUUAUAAAAUAAUUCAAAGAAAUUCCGUGAUUCAUUUUAUUAGAGCGAAGCCCAAAAUCAUGAUGAAUCCUUAUCAAGUGAAAUCUAUUAAUCUUUUUUUAUAAAAUAAUCAUUAAAAGCUCAUAAUAUAGAGGAUGCUGAGCUUUAAAAGAGGGCAUUAUAUUUAUUAAAAAAAAUAUUAAUAAUAGCUCCCCUUACAAAUUAUAAAAUGAAUAUGGAAACGGUGAAAAAGAAUAUUGCAAAUUUAAUGAAUUCAAUAGUGGAACCUUAAUAAGGGAAUUAGGCAAUGCGAACAAUAUCAUUAUAACCUACAGCUUCUCCUUAUUUUAGAUAUUUCUUAAUUGUAUUACAUAUACUAACAAUAAUAGCAGAGUUUUAACCUGCAAACAAGAUAAGUUAAUUGUAUUAACCAUUUUUUGAUAUAAUUUUCAAUAUGAAUCAAUUACCAGAUUAAGUCUAAUAAUAAAUGCCUCCUAGACCAAAUGCUGGAAGAAUUCCUCCAGCAUAACCUAGAUAACCACCUCCUUAAUAGAGAAUGUAGUAUAAUUAACCUCCAUUGGAUAGAUCUCAAUAACAUUAAAAUGCAUUAAGUUAAGAUCAUGCUCCUCUUGUGUUCUAAAUUUAUAAUAUAUUUAGAAAAUUAGUGAAGAAUGCAAAGGAGAAUUUGAAUGAAUAGAGUGAACAAUUUUUAAAUUAACUGUCAAAUUGGGUAAAGGAAACUAUAUAAUAGCAUCCUUAAUUUAAAAGAAAUAAUCCUUAACCAAUUAAUUCAUUUAUGGGAAAUAGAAUUUCAACUUAAAUAGUAAAAGUUAAUAUUUUGUCAAUAUUUUUACUGAAAUUGUUUUUCAAUCAUGAUUUUAGUUAUGUAAGACCUUUAUUGGGUUCAUUAAAGAGAAUAGCAGAAAUGUUGAUUGAAUAUUUAAAAUAGAAGGAUAAGGGAGAUUAAUAUUUAGAUAAUAUGAGAAAGUAUACUAUUCCUAAGAAGUAAUUUAAUAUAAAAGAAAAUGAGCAAUGGGAGAAUGAUUCUUAGAAAUAGUAUACUCAUUCAGAUUUAUCAUAAUAUAUAGGUGAUUUUGGAUUGAUGACAGAUGAUUUUCCAUUUGGAGUUAAAAAAAGUGAUGAAAUACUUUAUUUUCCAGAAGAAUUUCCUGAAAAUUAGAAGAUUAAAUUUCAUUUAUAUAGAUCUGCUCUUCAAAAGACAUUAAAGAUGAUAGGUUAUAAUUUUGAUGAAAUAAAAGAUUAGAAGGAAUAAGUGGAUUAUUUACAAUAAUUAAUUUGGAUAAUAGAAUCAGUACCAGAUUAUGAGUUGAAAUUGGAAUGUAUAGCAAUAUUAAGAAUGUUAUUUAUUAAUGGAAUAUCAAAUAGAGAAGGCUAUUUAUAGGCUAUAUCACUUUAUUUAUCACCAGUAAGGUCAUAUUAAGUAAGAUAAGAAUUGAAUAGAAUGGAAGAAAAUUUGUAGUUUAAACCAUCUAAAAUGCCAUAUGAAUAAUAAUUAAGUUUCUUUUUUGAUUUAAACAAAUUUCAAAAUAUGUUUGAUAGAAAGAUUGAUUAAAGAAGUUCUGAUAGUUAUGAUAAUCAACAUGGAAAGAUACAAGACUUGAAAGUGUUGAAGUUAUAUUUUAUGUUCUUAUGUGAACUAUUAUUGGUAUAUCCAUUUAAGAAAUAAUAAGGAUCGAUAAACAGUGGUUUUUAUUUAUUAAAGAAUAUAUUUGAUAAAGGAAAUGGUUCAUUAAGAGAAUUUAGACGAAUUUUAUAAGUGAUUAGUAAAUUAAGUACAUGUUUAGAUUAUUUGUAAUUCUUUUAUAGAAUGAUUCUUGAUAUUUAUGGAUAUACUUAUGAUAGAUUCCUACAAUUUGUAUUAGGUGAUCCAAGUUGUAAAUAAUAAGACUAACCAUUAUAAACAGAAGGAGAAGAGAUUAUGUUGAUGGCAGUGAAAUUCUUAAUGUUAGGAAGAGGAUAAAUGAUAUAUAAUAAAGAAUUUUAACCCACUUAACCUAAUUAGAUAAUUGUAAAAGUAGUACCUAAAGAUGAAGACUCUAUAAUGAGAGAAUAAGUACUUAAUAAAUAUUUGGCAAUUUAUUAUCGAAAGAAAUAUUGGUAGAAAUUAUACAAUUCUAGUAUAAAGUUAUUUACAAGUGAAUAUCUACCAUCAAUAGUCAUUUAUAAUUUAUCGUAUAUUCCAAUAUAAGAUUAACCAUAAUAGCCAUUAAGAGAAUGUAUAAUACCAAGUGCUGCCAUUGAAUUAAUGGGUACUGCUGCUAAUGUUAGUAGUCGUUUACUUAAACCUAUUUUUAAUCAAGUAAUUUUAAAUGAUAUUAAAACAAUCACACAAAUUACUGAUUAUCUAUCUUAAUAAUCGGUAUCUAAUGGAACUCUAUAAACUAUAUCAAAUUUCUUGGUUCAAUAGAUUAUAUCUCAGGUGAAUAAUAUUUAUGAUUUUAUGGAAAAUCAAUAAUGCCAUCUAAAUUUCAAUAAUCUAAUCAUGUGUCUUAGAUAAAAGAAUCUUUUACCUUUAGCAUAAUAUUUAUUGGAAUAUAUUUAUUAAUACUUAAAUGAAGAUUCAUAAUAUUAUUCAUAAUUAAAUGAAGAUAUACUUGUAUAAUUAUAAGGAGUAUAUUAAGAAUAAUGGAAUAAGUAAUGUUUACUGGGAUGUAAAUCUUUAAGCGCCACUUAACCUUGGGUUAGAUAAUUGGUAUUGAUGAAUUAAUUAAGAGAACCUGCUUAAUCAUAUUAAUUAAUAUUAAACAAUUAAGAAACUAUUGAUUAAUUUUGGUUGUAUUUAGAAUAAGAAACUCAUGAAGCAUAAGGUAUUUAAAAAGAAUAUGAUUCAUAAAUAAUUCAUUAAUUAUUUACAGAAUCACUCUAAUAAUUAAAUCAAUGGAAUACUCUUAAAUAAAUUGAUUUGAGUAAAGUUUAAGCUGUAUAGAAUAAAAUUAUAAUGGGUUUUAGAGAAAGAUAGAGAGAUGCAACAGAUUAAGGAUGGAAAGAAUUAAAUCUAUUAUCAGAAGUGAAACCAAAUAUGCAAUAGAAUGAUCUCUAUUGUUAUAAUUAAGCUUAUUUUAAAUUACUGGAUUUUGUUAGAGAUGAAGCAUCUUCAAAUUAACAUGGAAGAGGAGGUAAUCAUGUAUUAUAAUCAAUUGAAUAAAAUCUUAAAUAUGCUUAAAUAAUCAAUUGUUACAAUUUCAUUAAAACUUUACCAAAACUAACAUAAUCUUAUGAUUAAAUGAUGUCAUCUCCAUAAUUAUGGGGUACUAAAUUCCUUAAUUUUGUAUCAUAAUUCUAAUUAUAUACUGAAUUAGAAGAAAGUCUCAGAUAAUAUGCUCCUACAUAACCUGCUUAUCCUGGUUAAGCUUAAAAUGCUUAUGAUUCAUUAUUAGAUGUUAUAUCAAAUGCAUAUUAAUCUAGUCUAUCAAGUAAAAAAUACUUUUUUGAAAGACAACCAACUAUUAUUGAUUAAUAAGAAUUCACUUUUGAUUUAAUCAGCUAAAGAAUGGUGUAAUUAUAAAUGUGUCUAUAACGAUUUAAUGGAUAACUUAAUUAAUUUAUAAACAAUUAAUAAUUACCCUCAACUAUCAUUCUAGAUUAAAAGAGUUAUUAACUAGCUGCUUUAGAUUAUAAAACUCUCUUAUAUCCAAUGAGAUAUUAUCAAUAGAAUGGUAUUUUUGAAUUAUUUGAUGAAUAAUCAAUUUUAAAAGAAGUACCUAAAGCAUUAUAAAUUUAUGCAGAAAAAGUUUAUCAAUUAGAAAAAAUUAAAUUUAAAACUGCCAAAUUUUAGGAUAUUGAUAAUAAUCAAUAGAAUUUAACAGAUUUGUUUAAUUAUUUUAAUGUCUAAUAAUUAGGAACUUAUAGUGCAGAAGAAUUCAAAAAUUACAUGAUUAGUAAAAUUAGAAGAUAUAAGAUGAUUAAUCAAUUUUAUAAAUUAUUAAGAUUAGAUCAAUAAUCAGAAUCUUCUGGUAUGUAAAUUGAAGAAUAAAAAUUAGAAAUUAUGGUAACUUAAACAAAUGAAUUCUUUAUUUAAAAUUAAGUAAACUAUUUAAAAUUCUGGAAAGAUGUACAUAAAGUUUAUUAACUUGCUCAUAAGAAAUAUAGUAAUAAUAUCAAAUUUGCUCAUCAUUAUAUUUAAAUAACACCUCUUAGUAUGUAAUAUAAACCAUAAAAAUUCCCUAUUACAGGUAUGUAUAUGUUUCAUAUUCUAAACAUAACAAAUCCUACUGAUUCAAUUGUAACAGAUGCAUUCUCUUAAAUUGUUGGAUCUAUACCUUUACAUCUAUUACAAAGAUUCAUAACUUAAUUAAUAUCAACAUAUUUAUAAACUCCAUGUGAUUCAACCAAAAAAGAUUGUUUAGAAGCUAUCAAUAAAUUAUGUAUCUUCAAUCCUCUAAAUAGUUUAUAACUUAUAUAAUAUAUAAAAAGUAUAGGUUAAUGUAAUGAUGAAAGAUCCUCAUAACUUAUCAAUUCAAUUCAACAUUCCUCUAAAUUAAAUCAAAAAAUUGCUUCUAUUUACUCAUUACGUUAUCUUUAUAAUUCUAUUUAUGAUUAAUAAGUUUGGAAUAAUGUUGAAGAAAUUAUUUAUCUAUGUGGUAAAAUCUUGGAUUCCAAACAUUUUGAAAUUCCAUCUAAUAAUCUAAAUGAAAAAUGUUAGACAAUUUUAAAUAUUAUCUAAAAGAAUCCAUAAAUUAAAGAAAUGAUAAAAUACUAUUGUUAAAUUAAUGAUUUCAAUAAAUAACUUAAAGCAGAUCAAUUAAAUACUAUAUAACUUAUUUAUCUAGCUUCUUUGAAAUGUAUAUAUAUCAAUCUUUUUGGAAUCAGUAUGAACUCUAAAGAAGAUUUCCCAUUAUAAUUAAGCAAUUCUAUCAAUUCAUUAAUUCCUAAAUAAAUUUAAAUUGAUUAAUUGUAUUCAAUUAAUGAUGAAUUUUCAAUGAAUUAACUUCCAAUGUUAGGAUAUGAUGGAUUAAUCAAAAGAACUUAAGCUUAUGAAACUAUCUACAUUACUAAUAUGUUUCCAACUAUUCAUAUUAUGUUUUUAAGAAGAAAAAGAUUUAUAAGAUAAUUAGCCUUAUUGGGAAGUGAUGAAAAAAAAUAUCUAUUCCUUUUAAAAACUAAAAAAAUUGAAAACAAAAGAGUUAUUCAAACUAUUCUAGAUGAACAUAUUUCAACUUAGUUUGUUAAAAUGACCAAUAUAUUGAAUUAAAAUUAUAAAGAGACCAAAAUUAGAAAUGUUAAACAUAUGCUUUCAGAUAAAUAUCUUUUAGAAUAUGAAAAAUUAAAUUAUCAACUUGAACCAUAUCAAGAAGAAACUUACAAUCUUAGUAAUAUUUUAGACACUAUUCUUUAAAUCCAUUAUCAUGCUAAUCCAAAAAAUGAUUCAUCUGUAAAAAUACCUUAUUAUAAGUAAUUAUAAAAUAAUUAUAAUUUAGUCGUUAAAUAGAAAAAGAUUAUUUAAAGAAAUCUGAUUUAACUAAUUACAUACUGAGAUUUUCAAAAACAAUUGACACUUUUGUUUAAAUAAGAAAAAUUAUAGUUGUCAAUAUUGGUGUUCAUUAUGCUUUAUCAUUUACAAUGGCUAGUAGUUAAUCACCUAAAUAAUUGGAAAAUCUUCAAAUUAAUUUAAGCAAUGGAAAUUUCUUUUAGAAGAAAUAUUUGUUUAAAGUCAAUAAUCAAAGGCUUGCUUUAUAUGAUCCAUUUGCUAUAAGAUAUUCAAGAAAUAUUGAACAUUUAGUUGGUGAAGUCAAUCUAAAUGCAUAUUUAAUACCAUCAUUUACAGCAACCAUUAUAGGCAUUCUAAAUAUCGAGUAAAUAUUUUUAUUUAUAAAUUUUUAGUCUUCAUGAAUACUUGAAUGUUGUAUUUUGGUAAUUAGGAUGUAAAGAUUCUCUUGAACCAUUUAUUAAAAAAUUAAAAGAUGUUGUUUAUGAUAAUGAUGUUAUAGAUUCUAAAUGUGAUAGAUUAAUAGUAAUUUCAAAGAAUUUAUUCAAUGGUUAAGAGAAACUUAAAUUAUGGGUAAAAAGAUGGUUCUGA